CCGUCUCCACGUGAGAUACACUUCCAGUGCAGUAAUGUCAACAAACCCCACGGUUCCGAAUGGCGCGGAGGACGAGGAGUUCCGAGUGUUCGUGGCUCUCCACAGCGCAGCGCUCCAGGCUUCAGCUAUCCCUCCGGUCUACUGGAGGAGCCUGCACCACAAGAUCACCAGCGAGAUUUAUGAUGCCGGGGAAGUUUUCGGAAUAAUGCAGUUCCAACAAGAAGAUGAAGAUGAGGGGGAGGGAGAUGAAGAAAACGGAGAGGAGAAGAAGAAGGACAAUCCUGGAGAUGAGAUCAGAUGUAAAGUGGUUGUAACCCGGGAGAGUGGUCUGCAAGCCUCGGAGCCGACCAGCGUUUUCCUGGUGGAUCACGCGUGGACGUACCGCGUGGAUCAUGCCCGGCAGCAGCUGGAACAGAUCCCAGGCCUGUUGCCCAGAAUGGCGGCCCUUAUGGGGCUGGACUUCCAUGGUGAGGUCCCCGACCCUGACACGGUGGAGCUGGUGAUGGAGCGCAUGUGGAAGUACAACCAGACUUAUCAGCUCUCUCAGGGGUCCCCAGAGGACAAGGUUCCCGUGUGGUACGUCAUGGAUGAGUUUGGCUCUCAGGUGCGGCACUCUGAUCAACCGACCUGCAGCAUGGCUCCUUUCUUCUACGUGCAGGGCCAGUUAGCCUACACCGUGCUCUGGCCUCUGCAGGACCUGCACGAAGGAGAUGAAGUUACCCGUGACUAUACAUAUGGAGAGCCAGACCCUCUGGUGCGGCAGUGCCGCCUGUUACCAUGGAUACCUAGUGAUCUAGAAGAGGUCAGCAGCGUCACAGCUGAGCCCCCGGACUCAUUCUUUGAGAACAUUGCUCGGGAAAACAAGGAGCAGCUUCCCGUGGAAAUACAGCCUUACACUGUUCCGAAGGACAAAGUCUACAAGGUUUACUCUGAAAUGUCACAAGUAACAAACAACCUUAGCCACCCUCGGUUCCAGCUGAUAGAGGAUGAGGACGAGGCAGAUAUCAUUUGGCGCUAUAAUCACAUCAAAGACUACAGCAAACUCAGUGUGGAGCGGCCUCAUGUGUUGCUGAACCAGUUUCCCUGUGAGAGCAUCAUCACGGUGAAGGACUGCCUGGCUGCUGUGGCUCGCAGGGUGAAAGGCAGCCCAGGACCCGACUGGUUACCGCAGACCUUCAACCUACAGACAGAGCUGCCACAGUUCAUCAAGCAUUACCAGCAACAAAGGGGAGAAGAUAACCACUGGAUCUGUAAGCCUUGGAAUUUAGCUCGUGGACUAGACACACACAUAACCAACAACCUGGAUUACAUAAUCAGGCAGCGAGAGAGUACACCAAAGGUGGUGUGCAAGUAUCUCGAAGAUCCAGUCCUGUUCAACAGGGAGGAAGUGGGAAUGGUGAAGUUUGACAUUCGCUACAUGUUGAUGUUGCGUUCUGUGCAGCCUCUGCGUCUCUAUGCCUAUAAUGUCUUCUGGCUGCGCUUUGCCAACAGACCGUUCUCCUUGGACCAUUUUGAUGAUUACCAAAAGCACUUCACUGUCAUGAACUAUGCCGAGGGGGUGGAGCUUAAGCAGGUGCACUAUGAUGAGUUCAUCCCAAUGUUUGAGAAGCAGUACCCACAGCAUCCAUGGAAAGAAGUGGAAGGAGAGUUAUUUAAAGCUUUCAAGGAGCUCUUUGAGGCAGCCACUUCUAGACCGGCACCAUAUGGUAUUUGUCCCUAUCCUUCAUCCCGGGCCAUCUAUGCUGUAGACCUCAUGCUAAAGUGGAGUAGAGGACAAAAUGGUGAACGUAUAAUACAACCUCAGAUCCUAGAGUUGAACUUCAGCCCAGACUGUGCCCGGGCCUGCCUCUACCACCCUGACUUCUACAACCACAUGUUUCAGACGCUGUUCCUGGAUCAGCCUGAGGAGUGCCCUGUCACGCAAAUCAUGUGAUUAACCGAACAUGAUGGAGGAGUGUCUUUAGUUUAUGUUUUCAUGCUUCAAGUUGCUGAAAUCUUCCCCUUAUCCAUCUGCGCUGCAUAGGUUUGGUGGAACUCCCUGUAUGCGAGAUAGCAACUGUGCAUACUCUGCUGGUUGUGUGCUCGUAGAGUCGUAUAGAGGAACACCUUGUCAACUCUGUGUUGCACAGUGAGAUUAAAAAUGGAUAAACUUCAGUUUCUGUUAAUGAUUUCUCUUGAUGUUCUCUCUCAGGCUUCUCAGAGAGUAUAAAUGUAAUCUCUUUAGUUUCACUGUUCAUUAAAGCCAUAUUGUACUCUU